UGAGACAGAUGUUGUGGAGUCACUGUCAGUGAUGGAGGGAGAUUCUGUCACUCUACACACUGGUGUUAAAGUACAGGGAGAUGAUCAGAUACUGUGGGAGUUUGAAGAUCAAGUCAUCAUUAUUGCUCACUUAAACGGCCCUGAUGAUGCAAAAUGGAGAAACAUUCAUCUGAACGAUCAAACCCGAGACCUCGUCAUCAGCAACAUCCGAAGCGAUCAGACUGGAGUUUAUAAAGUGGAGAUCAACACCAUCAGCAUGGUCUUGCACAGAAAAUUCUAUAUUGCUGUUGGUGGUGGUGUGAAGACAGUAUCAGUGAUGGAGAGAGAUCCUGUCAAUCUACAUACUGGUGUUAUUGAAAUACGGGGAUAUGAUCUGAUACUGUGGAAGACUGAAGGCAAUCUUGUGGCUGAAAUCAAUAAAGGCAUCAAUCUCUUUGGACCUAGAGACGUAGAUGAUUUGAGAUUCAGUGGCAGACUACAUCUUCAUCGUGAGACUGGAGAUCUCACAAUCAGUGACUCCAAAACCACAGACUCUGGAGAUUAUCGUCUACACAUGAGCAACAGUGCAUACACCUUACAGAGGACCAUCAGAGUUACUGUCAAGACUCCACCUCAGUCCGGUGCUGCAUCAGGGAUAUGUGGUGCUGGUGUUGGUCUGGUGGUUUGGGCUGUAACUGUGUUUUUUGCUGCAAGAUUUGUAGACAAUGAAAGCAAAGGUGUUUCAGUGAGUAUAAAGUGAAUCAGGAUGAAAAAUGAAGAGAAACAUCAGUUCAUAAUCAUUGUAACAAUAUAAACUUGCUUUGCAUGACAUACUAAUCAGCGUUUAAUUUGUUUGUUUUAUGUUUAUAUUUUGACAUAAAUCAUGCUUUUUUUUUUUGUCUUAUGCUUGACUAUUUGAACAAGAGGAAAAAUUGUAAACACCAUAGUCUGAAAUGUUCAAAUUACAGAACCAUUCAUGACUUUUUCCAGUUAAAUAUAAAAUAAAUCAACAUAUGCCAAAAUCUUUCACUUGUAAACCAGCAGGGCUUGGAUGCUUGAAAUUGGUGUUUUAGUGUAAUCUUAAGGGUUUUUGGGAUGCCAUUCAUGUGAACGUUUAUGUUCAUCCGGUGCUUAUACAGAUCUAUGUACAAAUACACAAUA